AUGCGACGAUCGGCGGCAGAAGCGACGGCCACGGGUGAUGGCCACGGCACCAGCAGCGGUUCUGCUUCUGCUACUGGUUGUGGUGAUGCUGAUGAUUUCGGGGAGGUGGAAGAAGGCGAGGGGGACGAUGGAGAGCCGAGCCUAUGGUCGGCAUUGGCGUUUGCAUGGGGGCGACGAGCUGUUCUCCUCUUCUCCACCCCCUCUCCUCCCCGUCUCCUCCUCUUCUCCACCCCCUCUCCUCCCCGUCUCCUCUUCUCCUCCCUUUUCUCCUCCCGUCUCCUGCCCCUCUCCUUUCCCUCUCCUCCCCCCUCUCCUCCCCUCACUCUCCUCCUCUCCUCCUCCGUCCAGAUUCAAGCAUCACAGUUUGAGUUCAUAGCUUUGAUGCCAUUCACCAAGGGAGCCGAGCUCUUCACGUCGUACGGCCCCAAGGUGAACGAGGAGCUGCUGCUGGGCUACGGCUUCGUGCUGGACGGAAACAAGUAG